CCAUUGAUAUCAUGUCUUCAAUAUUGGAGAGGAAGUGAUUUAGCACAAUCCUAGAAGAAAAUAGCCAUUCACUGUAGAAAAUCUGAACCCAUUCUGGUCUCAGGUUGGGACCGAGGGGCAGGGCCGCACUCACUUGCUCGGUCGGCUCUAGAACGAGGAUCUACUGUGUUGUAUUGUGAGUUUUCAUCCGCAAAUCGUGGAAGAUGGCCGACGUACCGGCGGAGUGCACCAUCAAAGUGAUGUGCCGUUUCAGGCCCUUGAAUAGUUCAGAGGUGACCAGAGGGGACAAAUACAUCCCAAAGUUUCAAGGGGAAGACCAUGUGGUCGUCGGGAGCAAACCGUUCCAGUUUGACAGAGUGUUCCAGCCCAAUACGACACAGGAGCAAGUAUACAACGCCUGCGCCCAGAAGAUCGUCAAAGAUGUUCUGGAGGGGUACAACGGGACAAUAUUUGCAUACGGACAGACAUCUUCCGGCAAAACACACACGAUGGAGGGUAACCUCCAUGACGCAGAUGGAAUGGGGAUCAUCCCCAGGAUAGUGCAGGACAUCUUUAACUACAUCUAUUCCAUGGACGAGAACCUGGAGUUCCACAUCAAGGUUUCGUAUUUUGAAAUUUACUUGGACAAGAUUCGGGACCUCUUGGAUGUGUCAAAGACGAACCUGUCGGUGCACGAAGACAAAAACAGAGUUCCCUAUGUCAAGGGAUGCACUGAGAGGUUUGUCUGCAGCCCAGAGGAAGUCAUGGACACCAUCGACGAAGGAAAAUCUAACCGACACGUAGCAGUUACAAAUAUGAAUGAGCACAGCUCCAGAAGUCACAGUAUCUUCCAGAUCAACGUGAAGCAGGAGAACACUGCUACCGAGCAGAAACUCAGCGGAAAGCUCUACCUCGUCGACUUGGCUGGAAGUGAAAAGGUCAGCAAGACGGGAGCAGAGGGUGCCGUGUUGGAUGAGGCCAAGAACAUCAACAAGUCUCUGUCAUCACUGGGCAAUGUCAUUUCAGCCCUGGCCGAAGGGUCUGGUUAUAUCCCAUACAGAGACAGUAAAAUGACCAGAAUCCUUCAGGAUUCUUUGGGGGGGAACUGUAGGACCACCAUUGUCAUCUGCGCCUCCCCCUCCGCCUACAACGAGUCGGAGACCAAGUCCACUCUCAUGUUCGGUCAGAGAGCGAAGACCAUUAAGAACACUGUGUGUGUGAACGUGGAGCUGACGGCAGAACAGUGGAAGAAGAAGUACGAGAGGGAGAAGGAGAAGGGCAAGGCCUUGAGGAACACCAUCACCUGGCUGGAGAAUGAGCUCAACCGCUGGAGGAACGGGGAGAGCGUGCCGGUGGACGAGCAGUUUGACAAGGAGAAGGCUCAAGCUGAGGUGCUGGCCCUGGACAAUGUGCCCAACGACAAGCCUGCCUCUACCCCCAACAUGCCCCAGCUCCGUCUGACUGACGCUGAGAAGGACUCGUGUGAGGUGGGGCUGGCCAAGCUCUAUAAGCAGCUGGAUGAUAAGGAUGAUGAGAUCAACCAGCAGAGCCAGCUGGCGGAGAAGCUCAAGCAGCAGAUGUUGGACCAGGAGGAGCUACUGGCGUCGUCUCGGCGCGACCACGAUAACCUGCAGUCAGAGCUAAACCGCCUGCAGGCUGAGAACGAGGCUUCCAAGGAUGAGGUGAAGGAGGUUCUGCAAGCAUUGGAGGAGCUGGCUGUUAACUAUGACCAGAAGAGCCAGGAGGUCGAGGACAAGACCAAGGAGUUUGACAUGGUCAGCGAUGAGCUCAACCAGAAAUCGAGCGUCCUGACGUCCAUUGACUCUGAGCUGCAGAAACUGAAGGACAUGAGCAACCACCAGAAGAAGAGGGUCUCUGAGAUGAUGUCAUCACUACUGAAAGACCUGGCAGAGAUUGGCAUCGCCGUGGGCAGCACCGAGAUCAAGCAACACGACGGCAGUGGUCUGAUAGAUGAGGACUUUACGGUGGCUCGCCUGUACAUCAGUAAGAUGAAGUCGGAGGUGAAGACCAUGGUGAAACGCAGCAAACAGCUGGAGAGCACCCAGUCAGAGAGCAACAAGAAGAUGGACGAGAACGACAAGGAGCUGGCCGCCUGUCAGCUAAGGAUCCAACAGCACGAGGCUAAGAUCAAGUCCCUGACAGAGUACCUUCAGAACGUGGAGCAGAAGAAGAGACAGCUGGAGGAGAAUGUUGACUCUCUGAACGAAGAACUGGUCAAGAUCAGUGCCCAGGAGAAAGUCACCGCCAUGGAGAAGGAGAACGAGAUCCAAUCAGCCAAUGAAGUCAAGGAGGCUGUAGAGAAGCAGAUCGCUGGUCACCGUGAGACCCAUCAGAAACAGAUCAGCAGUCUGAGAGAUGAGCUGGACAAGAAGGCGCACCACAUCACUGAACUGCAGGAUCUCAACCAGGAGAUCAUGCUGGAACAGGAGCGUCUCAGGGUGGAACACGAUAAACUCAAGUCUACCGACCAGGAGAAGAGCCGCAAACUUCACGAGCUAACGGUGAUGCAGGACAGGAGAGAGCAGGCCAGACAGGACCUGAAGGGACUGGAGGAGACUGUGGCCAAGGAGCUCCAGACCCUGCACAACCUGAGGAAGCUGUUUGUCCAGGACCUGGCUACCCGAGUGAAGAAGAGUGCUGAGAUGGACUCUGAUGACACAGGAGGCAGCACAGCUCAGAAACAGAAGAUCUCCUUUCUGGAGAACAACCUGGAGCAGCUUACCAAGGUUCACAAACAGCUGGUGCGUGAUAAUGCAGACCUGCGCUGUGAGCUUCCUAAACUGGAGAAGCGUCUGCGUGCUACGGCGGAGCGGGUCAAGGCCCUGGAGUCGGCGCUGAAGGAGGCCAAAGAGAACGCCGCACGCGACCGCAAACGCUACCAGCAAGAGGUGGACCGCAUCAAAGAGGCCGUCAGGGCUAAGAACAUGGCCAGGAGGGGCCACUCUGCUCAGAUCGCCAAACCCAUUCGUCCUGGCCAGCCUCCAGUGGCGUCCCCCACCCACCCCAACAUGAACCGCGGCGGAGGGGGUUUCUACCAGAACAGCCAGGCCGUGGCCAUCAGGGGAGGAGGAGGCAUGAAGCCAGACAAGAAGUCAGAUGGCUAGAGUAGAGGCCGGAUCUGAUACACAGCAUUUGAAGAUGGGAGGGGACAUGACAUCACAGAAGAUGCAGAUGGAUAUCACCCUGGCAACCUGUCAUUCCAUUACAGCCAUUGGCUUCCUGCAGGCUAUAUAUUAGAGAGAGGGAGGAGUUUUAAUAUAAAUACAUAUUCCUGCCCUGUACAGAUCCACCUACCUUCAUGUUUCUUCUCUCCGGAACAAACAACAACAGCGAAAUGAAUUUAAUAUACAAAACAAAAAAAACAACAAGACGCCCAUCAACUGCAGAGGGCAGUCUUUGCGCAAUGAACUACAUUUGACUUGAAUGUGUAGCUUUGUUUUUCGUGGCACAGUUUGUCGUCAUCUCUGAUGUCUUAAGGUUUGGUCUGCACUGUGCCAAUGUGAAUGUACGCUAACCGGGAUUUCAAAAGAGAUGAGAAAAUAAGAAAAUGUGACUGAAACACAGUAAAUAUAAAUGUUGAUCCCUGAUACCACAAACAUUCGAAGGCUAAUCUCUUGUACAUUAUUAUUAUUAUAAUGGUUGUACCACACUUCUUUCUAUCAAUAGAUUUGACAAGCUUCUUGAAAGGUUUGAACCGAAAUGGAUGUCAUUUUGAGCACUACUGUCCUGUUGUACAUAUGUAAUAUGGCACAUGCUUCCUUAAGAGGUGUGAUUCCAGUUCAGAUUGAUUUAAUUACAGAGGCCAUUGUUUUUACUGUAAGGAAGAUAAAGUGCUGGCGCGGUGACUCCAUUAAACGGAUAUGAGAAGGAAAGAGGAGUCUGAUCAGGACAAGCUUUCAUGCCUGCGUCCCAAAUG